AUGACGUCCCAUGAAAAAGAAAAUAUUAAUAGCAAAUCAUCUAGUCAUCCUAUUGGCCUGAGUCCUUCAAGAAAACGAGAUCAUGUUCAAUCUUGGAUUCAAAUGGUCUACCCAAAGGAGACCUCGAAUACGGAGGAACCAAAGAUAUUGAUUGAUAAAUCUUUGAUUUCCAAAAAAUAUUCUUUGACUUUGUUUCUCCAAUCAUACCAGAAGAAUAUAAGACAAGACAAUGAAUUAGGAGGUAAAUCAAGUUGGAGAGCUUUAACAAAACCUAUGAUGAAGAAAAGUUUAAUGAAGAUCUUGUGUGGAAAUGAAGAAGAUUUCUUGGAAACAACUCAUAUAGUUCCCAAUAUUUUAACUAAAGGAGAUCACUUCACAGACCUUGAACACAGAGGAUUAAGUGACCCAAAAGCGCGUGAUGCAAAACUUGAACAACCGAGGAAAAUUUCAUUGGAUGAAGCUGACUUGAGACACACUUCUACAAAGGCUUCACCAGGAGAAUUGUACAGUUUCAAUGCUUUGACAUCUCCAGAAGGAUACACAACAGCUGAUGAAGGAUUUGCGGGCAAUGGUUCUGUGGAGGAGAAUGAUCCUAUUGAUAUUAAACAAAUGCUUGAUGAAGGAAAUAGCCUUCUGGGUGGAAAGAGAGUAGGGGAAAGGCUGAUUCACUAA